GAGAGGGACGUAUGAAUGAUGGUCGAGGAGGAAUGGUUGCUCCGUCCAAUCAUUUAAAAAAACCUUGUUAAUUAAAUAUACAUAUUGGACUAUACGACUUCUUAAUCACCCCAAUAAUCAAACCAUGAAAGUGAUUAUGCAAUCUAUAUUAUUAAUUAAUCAUAUUCUAACCAACCAACGUUCCUUUCCUCUCCUAGUGCUUUCUGGGUAAUCUCCUCAUUGGAAGUCAAACACAGUUUUCCUUGAGAACUUCUUGAUGAAUUUUUCUUACAUGGUCAUAUGAUUUUUGAAUCUUUGUUCAUGAUCAUGACUUGUAAGACAUCUUAGUUGCUCUGAUUAUGAGUUCUGUAUCUCCAGAUGGGGCGAGUUCGGUUUAAGAUGAGACGAUGAUGGAUGCUUGGAUAUCUAGACGGAUUGAGUGUUGUUUCUUUCUCCUCCUUGUUUUUAUCAGAUCAGUUUGCACACAGGAAGGUUUUGUGAGCAUAGCAUGCUGUGCAAACCAAAAUUUUACAGAGCCAAAUACUACAAUAGCUUGGGUAUCCGAUGAUGGAUGGUUCCAUGAAAGAACAAAUUGCAGCAACAUAAGCCGGCCACGAGAGAACGGAUAUGACAGGGCUCGGAUUUUCGAUAUUGAAUCAGGGAGAAGAUGUUAUAGUUUAAAGACAACUAAAGACAGGGACUAUCUGAUCAGGGGCACAUUCCUUGUUCACAAAUCUGAGCAGCCUCAGGGAUCUUCUUUUGAUGUUCAGAUUGGUGUUAUACCACUUGGUGUAGUGAACCCGUCAGACGACUUGGUUUUGGAGGGGAUUUUUGGAGCUACUAAUGAGUAUAUCGACUUCUGCUUAGCCAAAAAUAAGGGAGAUCUCUUCAUCUCAAAGCUUGAGCUGAGGCCGCUGGACAAUGAUUUGGGGUAUCUGCAGGGGAAUUCUUCCGGUGUUCUGAAAGUGGUCAAAAGGGUAGAUCUGGGAAACAAUGGAGAAGAAGAUGUCAGGUACCCAGAUGACCAAUAUGACAGAAUUUGGAGAAUACCUGAUCCUCAGACGAUUUCCCCAUUGUCAUCAAAACGGAGUAGCAACAUUUCCAUCUACAAUGCUAAUGUGACAGUGCCAGCGAAAGUUCUUCAAACAGCAGUAGCUGCUACUGAUUUGUUGCAGAUUUUUCACAAUGACCUUGACACAGGAGAUUAUAACUACACCGUGAUCCUCCACUUUCUUGAGCUCGAUGACUCUGUCACAGUAGGGCAAAGAGUGUUUGACAUAUACAUCAACAGCAACAAGAGGGGGGCGAGUUUUGAUAUAUUGGCUACUGGGACUAAAUAUGCAAGACUUGCUCUGAAUUUUACAGCUAAUGGGUCUUUAAACCUGACAAUGGCCAAGGUCCCAAAUGCGUUUGAUGUUGGACCCAUUUGCAAUGCUUAUGAGAUAUUGCAGGUGCGCCCUUGGGUUCAAGCGACUAACCAAGACGAUGUGGGGGCGAUAAUGAAGGUGAGAGAUGAACUGUUGGGGCAUAACAAAGAGAUUGGGCUAUGGGAUGGAUGGUCAGGAGACCCAUGCCUUCCUCCUCCUUGGGAAGGUCUAACCUGCUCUACCAGCAAUGGUUUCUCAGUCAUCACUGGACUGGACCUUUCCAAAAGAAAACUUCAAGGACCUCUUCCACCCAGCAUCAUUGAGCUAGCCUACUUGACAAAUUUGAAUUUGAGCCACAAUCAUUUCAAGGGUGAAAUCCCGGCAUUCUAUGCAUCCUCCAUGUUGAUCUCAGUGGAUUUAAGCCACAAUGAUCUUAUAGGGCUUCUUCCACUGUCUUUUACUUCACUUCCACAUCUGAAAAUUCUAUACUUUGGGUGCAAUCCCAAUCUCACCAAAGACCCUAAAACCAGCUUCAACAGCCAAAGCUAUAUGACAGAUUCUGGAGCAUGUGGUGGUAGCCAGAAAUCAAGACGUUCGACCAGCAGAAUCAUGAUUGGCACUAUCGCUUCUGGAUCCUUGCUCAUCACAGUUGGAACAAUUUUCGCUUGCUUUUACAGGAGAAAAUAUGUUGGUAGGGGAAAAUAUGAUAAGAAAUGGAGCCCGAAGAUGAAGAAUGCUGUAUUCUCUCUACCCAGCAUAACUGAUGUUCCUUUGAAGGCAAUAACUAUUCAAGCAUUUACUCUGCAAUACAUUGAAGCUGCCACCCAGAAGUACAAAACAUUGAUCGGUGAAGGAGGUUUUGGAUCUGUGUACCGUGGCACUCUUACUGAUGGCCAGGAAGUUGCAGUGAAAGUCCGGUCAUCCACCUCAACUCAGGGUACCCGUGAGUUUGAAAAUGAGCUAAACCUUCUUUCGGCUAUUCGACAUGAAAAUCUUGUACCUCUUCUUGGUUAUUGUGGUGAACAUGACCAACAAAUACUGGUUUACCCUUUUAUGGCUAACGGGUCUCUGCAAGAUCGUCUCUAUGGGGAAGCAGCUAAAAGGAAAGCUUUGGACUGGCCAACCAGACUUUCUGUGGCUCUCGGUGCAGCUCGAGGUUUAACACAUCUACACACAUUUGCUGGGCGUAGCAUCAUACAUAGGGAUGUCAAAUCAAGCAACAUACUUCUGGAUCACAGCAUGUGUGCUAAGGUGGCCGACUUUGGCUUCUCAAAGUAUGCACCCCAAGAAGGUGACAGUGGCGCUUCUUUGGAAGUACGAGGCACAGCCGGGUACUUGGAUCCAGAGUACUAUUCCACCCAGCAUUUGUCUGCUAAAAGUGACGUGUUUAGCUUUGGUGUGGUUCUGCUAGAAAUUGUAAGUGGUCGGGAGCCUCUAAAUAUACAGAGGCCACGGAAUGAGUGGAGCUUGGUCGAAUGGGCCAAACCCUAUAUAAGGGAAUCAAAGAUAGAUGAAAUUGUGGAUCCUAGCAUAAAGGGAGGAUACCAUGCUGAGGCAAUGUGGAGAGUGGUCGAGGUGGCAUUAGCAUGCAUUGAGCCCUUCUCAGCUUAUCGGCCAUGCAUGGCUGACAUUGUCCGAGAGCUCGAAGAUGCUUUGAUAAUAGAAAAUAAUGCAUCUGAAUACAUGAAGUCUAUAGACAGUUUAGGAGGAUACAGCUUGGCAGGGUCCAAUCGCUUCUCAAUUGUUAUACCACCCACUCUUCCCCAAGUAGAACCAUCACCAAUUAACACACAAGCUUUGGCUCCUCCAGAGCCAAGAUAGUCGGGGUGUUAAUCAUAUUCAUCAAUCUGUUGAUUAUCAGUUUAGUCCACAUCACAAGAUAAAUCGUAAAUGUCACUAAAUGAUACAAGAUAAAAUGAGGUUUAUCCCCAGAGCAAUUUUAUUAUGGAUUAUCUGACUGUUGUUCAAUUAAUAUUAUUAUUUUUUGAUGGAUCAA